AUGUUAUCCGCCUUCACCGCGCGGCCGCUGGUCGAGCUUAAGCCGCGCGACAAAUCCAAGGUCGAAUCCGUCCUUGCAUACGGCGACCGCCUUCUCACGGGCCUCAACAACGGAACACUUCGCAUUUACCGGGUGAAUGACGAAGGCAAGACGGAAUUGCUGCGGGAACAGGAAAAAUUUGCGCGGUACAAGAUUGAGCAGCUGGCGCUUGUGAAAGAGGCCAGGGUGUUGGUUUCGCUGUCGGGUGGAUAUGUCAGUUUACAUGAUUCGCAGAGCUAUGAGCUUCAGGAGCAAUUGCUGGCGACGAAAGGAGCUUCAACCUUUUCAAUUACGUCGAAUGUGGUGAAUGAUCCCGAUACGAAUGUGCCGGCGAUUGUCUCGCGGGUGGCGGUGGCGGUGAAGAGGAAGGUGAUUCUGUGGACGUGGCGGGAUAUGGAGCUGGAGGCUCAGCAUUUGGAGUUGAGCUUUGUCAGUGCGAUCAAGACAUUGACGUGGGUCUCUGCGACCAGGAUGGUGGUCGGACUCAGCUCGGGCUAUGUGAUGGCGGAUAUCGAAUCGGGUCAGAUGAACGAGCUGCAAGGAGGACCGGGAAGUAUGGAGGAGACUGGGCGAUUUACGGGCGUUGGCGCCGCGAGUAUGAGUUAUAUUGGAAUUGGCGGGAUGAGCCCGCGACCUUUGGCGACGAGGCUACGGGAGGGACAGGUCUUGCUGGCAAAGGAUAUUAACACGCAUUUCAUUGAUGUGGAUGGGCAGCCUUUGGGACGACGUCAGAUUCCAUGGAGCCAUGCGCCGGUCGAGAUUGGGUAUUCAUACCCGUUCCUGUUGGCCCUGCAUGAUACGGCCAAGGGUGUCCUGGAAGUGCGCAACCCCGAAACGCUGUCACUAUUACAAUCCAUCCCACUACCCUCGGCCACGUUCCUGCAUAUCCCUCAACCGAAUAUCAGCCUGGCGCACGCCGGUAAAGGGUUCUUGGUCGCCAGUGACCGAACUGUGUGGCGCAUGGAAGCUCUGAGCUAUGACACGCAAAUUGACGCCUUGGUGGAAAAGGGAUACCUGGAUGAAGCGAUCAGCUUGCUGGGUAUGCUGGAGGACGCUUUGAUUCAUGAUAAGCCGGGUCGGCUGCGCAAAGCCCAGCUGGAGAAGGCUCAGAGUCUAUUUUUGCUUCGAAAGUAUCGUGACUCGUUGGAUCUGUUUACCGCAGUCGCCGCUCCUCCAGAGACGGUCAUCCGACUGUAUCCGCGACUAAUUGCGGGCGACUUGUCUAACGAAGCGGAGCAAAAUGGGAUAGAUGCAAAGGUCGAUGGUAAUGGUAAUGGGACUGGAAAUGGACAAGGAAAUGGUCACACCAAUGGCGAUCAAAGCGACGGUUCGUCUGAGGCAACGCCCGAGCCUGCUCCGGAACCUGCGACAGCAAUCGCAUCUCUCCGCGCGCCUUCGGUACGAUCUCUCCGUCGAAGGCCGGAUGAGGGGAGUGAUACGAGCAGCAUUCGAGAGGACAAGGAAAAAGACAAAGACCUCAGGAAUUCCGUCCGUGAACUGCAGGGUUAUCUGGCAGAUGUACGUCGACGCUUCCAGCGUUUCCUUGGCCCCGACGGUACCCUCAAAGCACCCGUUCCCACCGAGGCCGAAGAUGAAGCUAGCGCUUCUGUUCUUAAGCUUCUUGAUUUCCCAUCCGAAGAAGAUUUCUUAGAGACGUUGCGCACCAAGGCCCGCUUGGUCGAUACGACCUUAUUCCGCGCGCACAUGUACGCAACACCGUCUCUGGCCGGCUCGCUUUUCCGAAUUGCCAAUUUCUGCGACCCCGAAGUGGUCAUGGAACGUCUCGAAGAAACCGGCAGAUACAACGAUCUGAUCGAUUUCCUGCACGGCAAAAAACUGCACCGCCAGGCUCUGGAGAUCUUGCAACGGUUCGGACAGGAGGAGUCAGGCCUGCUUGCUGGUCCUACGCGAACAGUCGGAUACUUACAGAAUCUGCCUCCGGAUCAAAUUGAUCUGAUCCUUGAAUUCGCCGAAUGGCCGAUUCGCGAGAACCAUGACUUGGGCAUGGAAAUCUUCCUCGCCGAGACGGAGAACGCGGAGACUCUGCCUCGGUCUCGGGUGCUCGGAUUCCUGGAGAAGAUCGAUGUCAAAAUCGCUGUGCGCUAUCUUGAGCAUGUCAUUCAUGAGUGGAACGAUCUCUCUCCGGACUUGCAUCAAAGGUUAUUGAUGUUGUAUCUUGAUCGAAUUAACGCCGGUCAAGAUGAAUCAAUGUGCAAGGAGAAGUUCCUCAAUAUGCUCAAGGAAAGUGAGCAGUAUUCGCCCGCAAAGAUUCUGGAUCGUCUGAAUCGAGAUGAUCCCAAUUUCCACGAGGCCAGAGCCAUUGUGUUCAGCAAGAUGGGCCAACACCGGCAGGUCUUGGAAAUCUACGUCUUCAAGUUGAACGAUCACGACAAGGCAGAAGAAUACUGCAACCAAGUCCAUCUUGCACGGAGCCAGAUCCAGGCGGAAGACGAGAAAGAGGCUUCAAUCUACCUGACCCUGCUCUCCCUCUACCUCACACCCCCACACGGGUACCAGCCCCAAAAUGGCCCGGCACUGGCCAUUCUCGCCAAACACGGCUCUCGUCUGCCGGCCGAAGCGGCGUUGAAGCUGAUCCCCGCAACCCUUCCUGUGCGCGAUCUGGAAUUCUACUUCAAAGGACGAAUGCGAGCGGCCAAUACCGUAUUCAACGAGGCCCGGAUCGUGGCGAGUCUGCGCAAGACGCGCGAUCUGCAGGUGCAAGCUCAACUCGCUUUGGGCGAGGGUGUUCGGGGCGGCGGUACUCGUGCUCGCCAUGUGAAUGUGACCGAGGAGCGCAUCUGUGGCGUGUGCCACAAGCGACUGGGCGGAAGUGUGAUCAACGUGUUUCCCGAUAACACCGUCAUUCAUCUUGGUUGUGCGAAUCGCAUGUCCAGCAACAUCCGAGCUGGAUAA